UGGUUUUUUUAAUCGAUGGAGAAACAAGCAGAAGAAGAAGUAUUAACAACUCAUGAUCUUGAAGAUUGCCCAAAGCAUUCUGACAGCCUUACAGUAAGAAAGGAGGAAAGUCAGAAGCAACAAAUAGAUGAGUCGGGUACUUGGCUCCUUCAUUGGUUUCAGUUUUUUGCAGCUUUUGGAGCAAUGAUGAUGGGUCUGGACCAAUCUGUCAUAGGCACUGCGUCUAUCUACGCGGAGCCAGAUUUAAAUAUUAGUGCUAGUCUAUGGUCGUGGAUAUCUGCAGGAGCGUCCUUAGGAGCUACUCUCGGCUCUGUGACGGCCAUUCCAUUCAGUGAUUUGUUAGGAAGAAAGAAAGCUUUGCUGACUUGUACCAUAUUAUACUUUGUUGGAACUUGCAUGCAAACUUUCGGUAAAGAGUAUGCAGUGCUUGUUGUUGGAAGACUCAUCAUGGGAGUCGGCAUGGGUCAGGAAAGCAUGAUCAUGAACAUUUAUAUUGCAGAAGUAGCUCCUUGGAGAACUAGAGGAGGCAAUCUAAACUCUUACAAUGCAUUUCAGAUGGCAGGCGGAUUUAUUGCAAAUAUAUGGCUAUCAAUAACCAUUCAAGUUGAUACAAUGUGGAGAUGGCGUCUAUUCUUGGGUUCAGGCUUCGUAGUGGCAUUUAUUCAGUUCGUUGGUGUAGUAAUGUUUGCAGAGAGUCCGAGAUGGCAUAUGAAGAAUAAUAGAAACGAAGAAGCAAAGAAAGUUUGGAUUCGAUACCAUGGAGAUGGACCUGAUUCAUUGAGAGACUUUGAAUAUGCACGACAACUCGUUGAAGAAGAACUUGACGAGAGGAAAAAGUUCCAGAGAGGAUUCUUUGGUGAUAUAAAGGAAAUUAUUUCCAAUCCACGGAUUCGCGCUCCCUUUGUGACCGGAGCAAUGUUAGGCUUCACUUCUCAGUUUAGCGGUGGCACUGCAAUUGCUUACUAUAUGACUCCAAUUUUAGUAGGAAUUGGAGUUACUGCUAAGAAAGCUGUGUAUGCUCAGAUUCCUUUGGGAUUUUGGAGCCUUGCCAGUUCUAUACCUGCUUUUUAUGCUUUAGACAAAUUUGGUCGUAGAUUCUGUUAUCUAAUAUUGUCUUUGCCCUUUGUUAUCUUGGGAAUAGUAUUCGGAAUGAUAGGCUUUAGUCUAAAUACUGCAUCAAGCAGGGCAGGUCUGUUUUUGGUGGGAUGGGCUUUGAUCAACGGUAAUGGAAAUAUUGGAAUCAACCCUGUUCAGUGGGUUAUGUGUGGAGAAAUGUAUGAAUUGCCAGUAAGAAGUUAUGGCGCUGCUUGGUCAGCAUUCUGGAUUUUCAUUAGUGCCUUUACAACAACCAAAACUUUUACUAAGACUACAGACGCAAUUGGUCACAUUGGAACAUUUGGAUUAUACUUGGCUUUUACCUGUUUCUUCUAUUUUUGGGAUUUUCUAACUCUCCCUGAGACCAAAAAUAAGACGCUCGAAGAAGUACGGGAACAAUUUGAUGGAGGCAUUGUCGGACUUAUGAAGAGAAAUAGUCGCAACUUGACAACUUAUCUAAAGUCUAAAUUACAGAAGAAACAAGUAAAUCAGCAUAACAUGGAAGAUUAGUGAUAUGGUCUCCUUUAGCUGCUUGCUACUUUCGUGAGUUGAAUAAAUGCUUGACGCGUGUC